CCGGCCUCGCCACACAUGAAUUGAUCACACACACACCACCUGGUUCAGCUAGCUCACACACACCCCUCCAUCUCUCUUGCCUUUGCCUUCUCUACUACACCACUGCUACUAGCUAAGCUAGCUAGUACGGCAGCAGAAGCGAGAAGCAACGUACCACGAAUCUGUCGAUCUGAUCUGUCCGGCUCCGGCCGAUCUAUCUGUCCAUCCGUCCAUGGCGAGCCAUGACCAGCAGCACCACCGCCACUUCUCCGGCGACUUCCAGUUCAACAACGACGACCUGGCCUCGCUCUUUGCGCAGCGGCCCGCCGACGCCAUCUCCUCGCCGAUGCAGAUGAUGCAGCAGCAGCAGCCGUGGUUCUUCCCCGACUACCUGCAGACGCCGCCGCUCGACUUUGGCGCCGACGCGUUCGGCGCGAGGGACGACUUCGGCGACGUGACGGCUGGCGGCGUCGAGGAGGUUGUGAAGAUGGAGAUGCAGGCGGUGGACGUCGCGGGGAUGCCUGGCGGCGGCCCGGGCGGGACGGCCUUGCCGAUGACGCCACACAGCGUGUCGGUUUCCUCGACCUCGAGCGAGGCCUGCGGCGCGGUGGGUGGGGACGAGGAGGGCGCCGGGAAGUGCAAGAAGGAGGAUCAGGGUGAGGGCGACGAGAGCAAGGAGGGCCAGGAGGCGUCGGCGGCGGCGGCCAAUAAGGGAGGAGGCGGGGAUGGAGAGGACAAGAAGAAAGGGGUGGGUGGCAAUGGGAAGGGGAAAGGCGCCAAGGGGGAGAAGCGGCCGCGGCAGCCACGUUUCGCGUUCAUGACCAAGAGCGAGGUUGACCAUCUCGAGGACGGCUACCGCUGGCGCAAGUACGGCCAGAAGGCCGUCAAGAACAGCCCAUUCCCGAGGAGCUACUACCGGUGCACGACGCAGAAGUGCCCGGUGAAGAAGCGGGUGGAGCGGUCGUAUCAGGACGCCGCCGUGGUGAUCACAACCUACGAGGGCAAGCACAUCCACCCCAUCCCGGCCACGCUCCGCGGCAGCGCCGCCCAGCACCUCCUUGCCGCGCACGCCCACGGCCUCCACUACCCCCACUUCCGGAUGCCCGCGCCGCAGCCGGCUCCCGGCGCAGCCUUCCCUCCUGACGGCGUCUUCGGCAACUUCCUACAGCAGCAGCAGCAAGUACAAGGCGGCGGGGGGCACCACCCCGCCAUGCAGCAGGCGAUGCAGCAGCAGCAACAGCAGCUCGCCGCUGCGGAGUCGGCAAUGCGGCAAGUGAACGCGGCAGCGGCGGCCAUGGGCGCCGGUGGCGCGAGCUCGGGGUCUGCUGCUGCGGCAACUGGCGCGCCGCUGCGGAUGGAGCACUUCAUGUCGCAGGACUACGGCCUGCUGCAGGACAUGCUCAUGCCAUCGUCCUUCGUCCACAGCAACGGCACCGCCACCAACAGCCAUAACAACCACAACCGCCGUUGAUCGAGAGAGAUCGCGCGACUGCUUGACAGCGAUCCGUCGACCGGUUUGGUUCUUUGCUAGUAGCUUUUUGGUACUGAUGUAGCUGUGAUAUGUAUGUCAUGCAUGCACCGGCCUUGUGAGUUAUGAUGAUUGAUGAGCGAUGAGGAUAUGAUCUAGCUUAAUUAGCCGCAGGACAGAGGACGUGCACGUACGCAAGCAGUAGUUGCAAUGUUGCAUAUCUGGUCGGUGUAGUACUAAGAGUUGUUGUAAAUUAUGUGUACCUG